AUGAGUGGGUCUUUAGCUGCCUCGUGUGCUGUUUUAUUAACAAAUAUGCCCGAAACGGUUAAAACUCGCAUACAAUUAGAUGGUGAAGUAACAAAAGAUGGUGUGACAAUUCCAAAACAAUAUAAAAGUUUGUCAGACGCUUACAUAAAGAUUCUCAAAAUCGAUGGAAUUAGAGGAUUGCAAGCGGGUUUGGGAUCUGCCAUUGGUGUUCAGUUAGUAAUGAAUGGUUUAAGAUUAGGGUUAUUUGGUCCAAUUCAAUCGCUCAUCAAAAAUGCCACCAAUUGUAAUCAGAAUAAUUUUAUUUUGAAAGUUGUCUCUGGCGCUAUAUCUGGUGCUAUUGGAGUAACCGUAUCGUCACCAUUAUAUCUGGCUAAAAACCGUCUACAAUCACAGUCACGUUAUUUUCAAGCGGCAGAAAGAUACACGUACAAAAACACGUUUGAUUGUUUGAGUCAAGUAUAUCGUCAAGAGGGUUUUUUUGGUCUUUUUCGUGGUGUGUCAGGAGCCUUACCACGAGUCAUUUUUGGUAGCGCAACUCAAUUAAGUAUUUAUGAUACAAUAAAGUCUGUAGCAAUUGACAAGUUUCAUUGUGCUGAUGGGAUACAAGCUCAUUUUGUCGCCAGUUUUAUCUCAUCGUUAUUUACUGUUACUGUAAUGAAUCCAUUUGAUGUGAUAUCGACUAGAAUGUAUCAAUCGUCUGGUCAACAAACGGUUUAUAAUAAUGUGAUUGAUUGUUUUCGAAAAACUAUCCAGGGUGAAGGUUUAAGCGCUCUUCAGAAAGGGUGGUUGGCCUUAUAUAUACGACUGGGACCACAUACCGUACUAACAUUUAUUUUUCUUGAAAAAAUUCGUUAUCAUUUUCUAACUAUUGACGCGUUCAGCACUGAUGUCUAUACUAGCGACGGAUUUUAG